AUGACCAGUGGGUUGCGACAACCGCAAAUAUUUUCCAGCAAACUUGCUUACAACGACCACCCGUCACCUUCGCCCACUUCGCCCAGCACUUUCAGUAGCCGGUUGCCACAGCUACAAACAGCCUCUCCCACAGUGGAUAACAGUCGCUACGCUCGCACAAGGAGACAAAGCGUCAUUGCCACCCAGUCAGUGACCCCCAGCAAAACGGUAGCACCAAUUGAUAAGGUUCGUACACGCAAUCGUACCAUGUCGGACGCAUCACGAUUGGACUUGACAGCAUUACGGUCCUCGGUACGGGAUCGCAAACCCGAACUUCGUCGGUCACUUUACCUGGAUCAAAGUUUCACCCACAAUGACAGCAACGAAUCCUCGGAUGAAGAAUCGCAAACCAGAAAUUACAGGGCCUCCGCGCCUCUUUUGGACGCUUACGGUGUUCCGCUUUCUGCUUCUGCCACCAAAUCUCGGUCCAACAGUGGCCUGUUUAAACUAGCGACUAACUCCGCCGUGGCAGCCAGUAGCCAGCAUCAUGCAUUGAGCGAUCUUAACCAGAAAAUCCGUGUGUGUGUCCGAAAACGACCCUUGAACCACAAAGAGUCUGAAAAAGGCGAAAAGGACAUUGCUCCUACCAUUGGUACACGAAGCAUUCAAAUCAACGAACCAAAAUUGAAACUGGACUUGUCGCGCUACAUCGAACAGCAUACCUUUACCUUUGACGAUGUCUUCGACGCCGACACAAAAAAUGCCAAUGUCUAUGAAAGAACGGCCUUGCCGCUUGUCAAAUACAUCUUUCAGGGCGGGAAAGCCACCUGUUUUGCCUAUGGUCAGACGGGAUCUGGUAAAACAUUUACAAUGCUCGAUCCGAAGCACGGUCUCUACAUCAUGGCAGCAAGGGACAUCUUCACUUUACUUCGAAAACCCGAAAAUAACCACUUGUCAGCGUGGAUCGGUCUUUACGAGAUUUAUCAGGGACAGCUGUACGAUCUUCUAAACAAUCGCAAACGGCUAUUCGCACGUGAAGACGGCAAACACAAUGUGAUCAUCGCGGGUUUAAAAGAAUUUCCUAUUGACAAUGUGGAUAAGUUGAUCCAGGUUUUUGAAUACGGGAGUCAAGUGCGAAGUACAGGUACCACGGGAGCCAACGACAGUUCUUCUCGAUCGCAUGCUGUACUACAAAUUCUGCUAAAACCCAAGACGAACAGAAAGCGGAUCCACGGCAAACUAAGUUUCAUUGACCUGGCCGGUUCAGAACGUGGUGCCGAUCGAGGCGAAGCGGAUGCUAAAACAAGAAUGGAAGGCGCUGAGAUUAACAAAAGUCUUUUGGCUCUGAAAGAGUGUAUUCGUGCUUUGGAUCAGGAUAAACGUCACACGCCGUUUAGACAGAGUAAACUGACUCAGGUCCUUAAAGAUUCGUUUGUCGGCAAUUCCCGAACGUGUAUGAUCGCUACAAUUUCACCAGGUCAUUCCAACAGUGAGCAUACACUGAAUACGCUACGAUACGCUGAUCGUGUAAAAGAACUAAAAGGAGAACGUGAUCGAAGAUCGCAAAUGGAAAAAACCAGCAGUAGUUCUGGUAAUAAUGCCGAUGAAGAGGAUACACCGUGGAUGAUGGAUACCUCAGCGGGAGAUGAGGAUGAGGAUGACGAAGACUUUAAUGAAGAUUACGAUACCCGAUACAUGCAAGAAGAUUCCAACGACGAGCUUCGCAGCCAUGGUGACUCUGAUAUCCUUGAUGAUGAUACCUUCAAUGCAGACGAGGAAGAUAUUUUCGAUGUGGAUUUCCCGCAUGAACAAGACGCAUUUAUUCGAUCCAAUACCAUGAUUUCGCCCUCACAUAAACCGAUUCAUUCUCCCGCAUACCAUCAUGUCCCAUCGACGCGGCAAUCCAUGCCACUACCGAAAGAUCUGGAAGCAUUGGGGUUGUCCAGUACCGGAAAGUGGAGUUCAUCGACCAUCCCUGAUCGGGGACCGAUAAACGAACCACCAUCUUACACAUCGCCAUACAGCCCAGUUUCUACACCUCAAUCACCCAUCUAUUCCGCAUCUUCUCGACGAAGCAGUCUAGCCAUGGAUUAUUCGAUGCAGUCAUCCACGUUUCAGGCACCUAUUCCCUCUACGACCGCCAAAGCAUUAAAUAGUGGCACCACGAACGGAUUGCCACAGUUUGACCAUGUGCAGAUGGAAGAGUUUGUCAAGUUCCAUCGUGCCGAAAUCCGAGAGGUGACCGAAUGCACCAAGAAGGAGACCAAGCUCGUCGCCAAUAUUUCGCUGGAUUUAUCGUGCUCUCAAGAUUUUGCCGAUGAGGAUCCACUAGGCGAUAAUGCACACAUGGAUAUCUCAGCGAUGCGGCAAAAAGCGAAAAGCAGCGAGCAAUUCCGAAAGUAUCUGUACGAUCUCGAGGAAAUCCUGGAACGAAAGAUAGCUGCCAUUGAAGCACUCCGAGACCGUAUUAAUCACACGGUCACCCAAGUCGAAAUGUAA